AUGGAAACAAAUGACCAAACAGCCCUGGUUGUUAAACCCAGAAAUAAAAGUGGAAACAGUGAUUUGGCAUCAGCUGGAUUUAACAUUAUUAACUCAAUCAUAGGAUCAGGCGUUAUAGGGUUGCCAUAUUCAAUGAAGCAAGCUGGCUUUCCUUUAGGAGUACUCCUUUUAUUUGGGGUUGCCUAUAUCACAGAUUAUUCCAUUAUAUUAUUGAUCAAAGGAGGAAACCUCUCCAGUACAACUACCUAUCAAGAGCUGGUCAGAAAAACAUAUGGUCUUACAGGUUAUUUAAUUCUUUCAACUCUUCAGUUUUUAUAUCCAUUUAUUGCUAUGAUUAGUUACAACAUAAUAACAGGAGAUACUUUAACUAAAGUUUUUCAGCGAAUUCCUGGAGUUGGAUCAGACAAUGUACUUGGUGACCGUCAUUUUAUCAUUCUUUUUACCACCAUCAUCUUUACCUUACCUAUAUCUCUGUAUCGUGACAUAGCAAAACUGGGGAAGGUAUCUCUUAUUUCUCUGAUUUUAACAAUUGUCAUCUUGGUUAUUGUGAUGGUGAGGACAGUAACAUUCAGUCCACAAGUACCCAAAUCAGAAAAUGCUUGGAUAUUUGCAAAAUCAAAUGCAGUACAAGCCAUUGGGGUGAUGUCAUUUGCAUUCAUUUGCCACCAUAACAGCUUCUUAAUCUAUGGCUCUCUGGAAGAACCUACUUUAAAGAACUGGUCUCGAAUCACACACGUGUCAGUCUCGCUCGCUGUUAUUAUCAGUGUAGCAUUUGCUGCUUGUGGAUAUAUGACUUUUGCAGAGUACACAGAAGGAGAUAUAUUUGAAAACUACUGUAGAGAUGACAACCUUGCUACAUUUGGAAGAUUUUGUUAUGGAGUUACUGUAAUUCUGACCUUCCCCCUUGAAUGCUUUGUGACCAGAGAGGUGAUUGCUAAUGUGUUUUUCCAUGGGAACCUGUCAACAAUAUUCCAUAUUUUUGUGACAAUACUUAUCGUUGCGGUGGCGACGGCUAUCUCAUUAGUAUAUGACUGCCUCGGAAUAGUUUUAGAGCUGAAUGGAGUUCUCAGUGCCACUCCACUCGUCUUCAUCAUCCCAACAGCCUGUUACCUAAGGCUGUCCAAGGAGCGCUGGAACCAUUUGGAUAACAUCUUAUCCUGCCUGCUGCUUGCUGUCGGGGUGCUAGUGAUGGCUGUUGGGCUUGUUUUGACUAUCUGGCAUCCCCAGGAAUGUAGCCAUGGAAAAGAGAUGUUCUACUGCAUCUCUAGUAAUGUUUCUUUUCACAAUAGUACACUUCCACCUUAGGAAAUGCACA